GCAAAUUCCGUACACGACUCGGCCGUUCUCGAUGGUGCCGCUGAGUUGAUUUUCGUCUCCCUCGUUCUCCGUGUUGUUGUUCUCGGUGACGCGACGGAGGUGUAGCCUGACGCGGUCUCUUACGUGUCGGCCUGAAUAAAAGUGGAGCUCCGAGAGCCCGGGAGUGACGGAGGGAGUCUGUAUCGCGAACUCGAUGACCAUGGAAUCAGCCGCCGAGUCACAGCAGGGUGCGGACGCUGCUGUCUCUGAGACCGACAGCCAGCAGCUCUCCCAGGCGCAGAUCGCCAGCCUGGCGCAGGUUUCCAUGGCAGCCGCGCACGCCACCUCGGGCGGCCCCACGGUCACGCUGGUGCAGCUGCCCAACGGGCAGACGGUGCAGGUGCACGGCGUCAUCCAGGCCGCCCAGCCGUCCGUCAUACAGUCUCCGCAGGUGCAGACCGUCCAGAUCUCCACGAUUGCGGAGAGCGAGGACUCGCAGGAGUCUGUGGACUCUGUGACUGACUCUCAGAAGCGCCGCGAGAUCCUGUCCAGACGACCCUCCUACAGGAAGAUCCUGAAUGACUUGUCGUCAGACGCACCCGGGGUACCGCGCAUCGAGGAGGAGAAAUCAGAGGAAGACUCCGCCCCCGCCAUCACUACGGUUACCGUGCCCACGCCCAUCUAUCAGACCAGCAGCGGACAGUACAUCGCCAUCACGCAGGGCGGGGCGAUCCAGCUGGCCAAUAACGGCACGGACGGCGUGCAGGGGCUGCAGACGCUGACCAUGACCAACGCAGCGGCUGCGCAGCAGGGCACCACCAUCCUGCAGUAUGCGCAGACCAGCGACGGCCAGCAGAUCCUGGUGCCCAGCAACCAGGUAGUGGUGCAAGCCGCCUCCGGUGACGUCCAGGCCUAUCAGAUCCGCACAGCCCCCACCAGCACCAUCGCCCCUGGGGUGGUGAUGACAUCGUCCUCCUCCCUGCCGAGUCAGGGCGGGGCCGAGGAGGCCACGCGCAAACGGGAGGUGCGGCUGAUGAAGAACAGGGAGGCAGCGCGCGAGUGUCGCAGAAAGAAAAAAGAGUAUGUCAAGUGUCUGGAGAACCGUGUGGCCGUUUUGGAGAACCAGAACAAGACCCUCAUCGAGGAGCUCAAAGCACUUAAAGACCUGUACUGCCAUAAAUCUGAGUAGCCCCUCCUCAGCCCCGGUCCCGGCCCCGCCCCCUCUCCACCUAGCUUCUGCCCACCUGUACAGAGACUCCGCCCAGAGCCAACCGCCUGGUCAGAGACGGACGGAGACUUCAUUGUUUUCUAAAUGGUUUUUUAACGCUACAAACUGCCUAUGAGAAAAAUACAGGAACACAAAGAGGAAGAAAGUAUCUCCCUUUACCGCUGAGCAUGACCUAUAAAAACAAAAACAAAAAACAAGAAUAAGAUGAACUGUUGACUGUAGAAAUCCAUUUCCUGUUUCUUCCAGUUACCAAGAGCACAGAGAGGUGAAAGGGUAAUGAUGUGCACUGGGACAGGAUCUGGCAUUGAGGAGCAGCUCCACUGGGCAGGAGAUUGGAUUCCCUCAGCUGUGUGUUCCAGUUCGGUCACUGCAUGGCUGGACUUCGGUUGAGAAAGGAACGAAAGUUCUAUGAAAGGAAGCGUCACAGCUUUGGGGGGAAAAUCUGCCAUUUUAUCUCCCUGCCCCCCCCCCCCCAAUACCGCCCACUCUUUUUCGACUUAUUGACCAAUAAGAGCAAUGGAAUGGCCUUCGAUGUCAUCACUACCUGCGCCCCUAGCGUGAGAAUUUCCCGUGGGUGGUGUACAUCUGUUACUUUUUUUUUUUUUUUUGAGGAGAGCAGACCAAGGAUUGUUAUCAAACAUGAUAUGUUCCGUUUCAGUAUUUUUAACCCUUUUUUGUACUUCUCAUUUCCGUUUUUUUUAAAAAUGUUUGUUUUAUUUUUUAUGACCUUACGAGUAUGGUUUAAAAGUGUCACUUACGCGUGAGAGAGGGUUGAUGCCUGAUCCAUGAUUAUUGCUGCAGGCGUUCAGCAGCUAGCACGGACUCUGGAGCGUCCACGCAUGUAGUGCUCACCUGUCAAGUUUUCCCUCAGCCCACAGAGCACCAUGCUUUCAUUUCAGCGUUGGUGCCUGUAUUACAGUCAGAUUUACUCUCCCGAGUGCUUCUGCCAGGGAGCUGUGAGACUGGGGUCCCUCUUCCGCUGUAGAGGCUGGCUCAUUACACCCCUUUGCUUCUGCAGAUCUGCAGCCAGGCUGCCCGAUUAUAUGGCUUUUCCACUGUGGAGCUGGGGCCAGCCUGGCUCAAUAUCCCUGUCCCACUGCACCAAUCGACAGUGGCAAAAAGCCUCAGCGAAAGCAGCAUGGCCGUGCAAUUUACAGGCUCCAGGACUGAGGCUGAGCCAUGGAUGUUCAUGUUCAAUGGAGGUUCCAGCUGUAAAGCUUAUGCCUGUGGGAAAGGCCGUACAGUGGUUUAAAAAAAAACCUGCAUCACCUUCUUCAACAACUGAAAGAGAAAUAAUUUUUCUUCUGUGUUGUCACUUGGAGCCAGUGUUCACAUUUUGGGUUUUGCAGAAUUAAGUUUUUUCUAUAUUUACAACUUUUCAUUCAUUUGCAACUGUUAUGUACAUUGCAUUACAAUCACUCACUUUCAACCAAUAAGGAAUUUGUAUUUAAAACAAAAAAAGGUCUGCUGCAGCAAAUAUGAAAUUUUUGGCAGCUAUUUGACAAAAAGGCCUUUGAACAUAGUGUGUGUUUUUGGGUGUUCUUUUCUGUUUGUGUAUAGAAAGCUGAGAGUGUCUAUGCCAGCAUUUGGUCCCUGGCUUAUCUAUCUCAUAAUGUUCCAUGUAUGUACUGUACAGAUACCACAACAUUUUGAAAUGACAAGUGAAUAUAUUGAUAUUAAGGUUCAGACGUAGACUUUAGCCUUUGCUCCAGCCUAAAGCAUAACACCUGUUCAGCUCCGCAAGUUAUUUUAAUAGCAAAUAUUUUAACCAGAAAAUCCAGCAAUAUGAAACGCUUAAAUUAGCAGCUGUAUUUCGCUGGUGCAUUUGGUACAGUGUGGCUGCUUCGGAAAUGGCAGUAACCUGUGAAGUUCACAGUAAUAUGUAAACUGUGCACAAAGGGAAUUCUGGGAGGUGAAGUCAAAGCCUUAUAUAAGAAGCAGCUUAGCUUUGGUGCGACACCUUUGAAAGAUGUUACAGUCCGGCUUCCCAGCAGCCUCUUGCAGCACCUAUCCUUCAGAUUAAUAGAUACUUUACUGACAUAAAAACGAAUUACUGAUUUGGUUAAUUAUGGGUCCUUCUUACAGUUUGAUAAUCUUCAUACUCAGGACAAAGGUAGCCACUAAAUUAGUGGUGUCGUACGUGAUCUAUAAGCAGUUGAACAAAACUCUUUCUUAUUGGACACAAGGCUUCUGUUGCUUUGCAGUGUAACAUGCCUUUCAGAGUGGCUAUGUCCAAACCUAUUUCAAGCAGUUAUGAAACGAUAGCAAAUGUAUACUUAGCUAAGCCAUGAGCCAGGCCCACAGAAUUUGUCCGGGCUCAUAAAUGGUGUGAGGGAAAUGCUUAACUAGAUAAGAACCAGUCUGAACAUGUUCACAUGUAGUCACUUUUUAAUGUGGAUAUGAACUAAUAACUGCUUUGCUUGCUUUAUUUUUAUACAUUAAAGGAUUGUUAAUGUACAGCCUUCAUAUAAGCGUUUAAUAUUCAAGAAUUUUGCGGGGGGGUAGUUUUGGUCACAGUGAGAAAUCUGGAAACCUUUGACCCAAUCAGAAUCCCAGAUUUCACACGAGCCCUUAAAGGGAAAGAAAAAAGGCACCUUGAUCCGCGGGACUUUGGUGGGUGACCCGUGUGAAGGCCCAACACGGUUUCUGUGUAGCUGAUUGUGAUCGCAUUGUCCGGCCCAGUAUGCAUUAUGCUGAGGCCCGAUGGACCAGGGACUACACCAGCAGCUCAUGCCUAAGCUCUUGCAUCAGGGAGUGCGGUAGCUGGAAUGGCUGAGGAUGGGUACAAACACACACAUCUCACAAGGAUAAAACAGGGUUAUGGGAGUAUGUACAUGUGGCAUACAUUUAGCUUCUGUUUACAAUGGAGACUGGACAGAUAUAAAGGGAAUAAUAAUUAUAUAAAAUGAGUAAAUAUGUACAUGUGUGUACAUACACAUGCAUACACACACUACAUGCACACACAGUGUAUGCAUGCAGGCCCAGGUGUACAGUAGAAGAGUCACAGUGCUUCACCCCCCAGCCCUUUUGGGACCUUUCUGCUGGUUAGGGUGCCGAUUGGACUGGAGGAGGCUCUGGCAUGAAAAGCAGGCCCCGUAUAGAAACCAUCAGAUGGGAUGUGUGGAGAAAAACAUGGCCAGGAUUCAUAACUCGCAUUAAAAAGGACCUGUGAUUCUUGUUUUGUUUAACCUUAUGUGCUCUGUAUAAUGCCAGUUUUAUUAAAUAUGAUUUUAAACACUAUGUUAUUGUACAUUCUGUAAUCCUGUUAGCUGCUUCUUUGUUGUGUUUUUCAGUAGCCGCGCAGUGCAUUGUAUAUGCUGAUUGCCUGAUUUGCAAACGGACUCAUAGGUUAUGCAUUACCACUAACCAAGAACAGAAAACCUGCACUGGCCCUAGUUUUAAAGCAUCCUAUGACACCAGCCUGUUGUAAUACCCUUUUAUAGACGUUUGUGUAAAGCCACAUUAAAGUUGCUUUCAAAGUUA